ACGGCGCAGCCAUGUCGGGCCCGGCGCGUGCGCCUCCCAUCGCGCUCCGGCUCGUGCCCGUUACGCUUCUUCUUCUUCUAUGGAACCCUCAGCUAUCUUCAGCAGUAGUAUGCAAUCAAACAGUUUGCAAUUGUGCCGGACUGAAGGGGGAUCGCGGAACUCCGGGGCCACCUGGAGCGCCUGGACCGCAGGGGGACUACGGCGAGGAUGGCCCCGAGGGUCGGAUGGGGAGAUUAGGCCUACCAGGCGACUUCGGUGAGCGCGGAGAUUACGGUGACAAAGGAGAACGGGGGGUCGAUGGUCAUUACGGGCCACGAGGAUAUCAAGGCCCUCAGGGACUUCAAGGUUAUGAAGGUGAUAGAGGAAUACCAGGGUUAGAUGGUUGCAGUGGUGUUGAUGGAGUAGUAGGUCCUCCUGGCAGGAGAGGUAUCCCUGGCGACCGAGGGUUUCCUGGUCUUGAAGGAGAGAAAGGUCUGCCGGGAUUGGCGGGUGAAGGAGGCUCAAACUCUAGAGGUUCAAAAGGAGAUCAAGGAGAUUAUGGCCGCCCAGGGACUCCUGGCUCACCUGGGCCUGAAGGUUGGAGAGGAGAUAGUGGCUUACCCGGUGAAGAAGGAGACCAGGGACUAAUGGGCGUACGAGGAGAAGCGGGGUAUAGAGGAGAUUAUGGUGACGAUGUGGUUGGUCCUCCAGGACAAAAAGGAGACCAAGGUGAAACCGGUGAACCAGCAAGACGACCAUCCGUAAUUGUCGACAACGAAGUGCAACAAAAUAUAACAAUAAUCGCUAAAGGAUAUAAAGGAGAGAAAGGAUUGAGAGGACAACGCGGUGAAAAGGGUAUCAAAGGAAUAACCGGGUCCGUUGGUGCGCCGGGUUCCCCGGGUAUCAAUGGUAUACAGGGACUAAAAGGAGAACAGGGUAUAGAUGGCCCUAGAGGUAAACCAGGGCAUAGAGGUCAAGACGGACCACCCGGACUAAAAGGCGACAAAGGUGCUCCAGGAUAUGUUGGCCAAGACGGUUUAGAUGGUACACCUGGAGGAAGAGGUGAAGAUGGACGGCCAGGAAGUCCUGGUGUACAAGGCCCGAUGGGAGAACCUGGCAUAUACGAUCCUAGUUUGAAUGAACCAUUACUGCCAGGUUCGUCUGGGCCACAAGGUCCUCCAGGGCUAACAGGUCCAAAAGGAGAAGCGGGUUUAGACGGACUGCGUGGUUAUCCAGGUAUUAUAGGUUUACCUGGGUUGCCUGGAAGGAAAGGAAACCCUGGACGACCUGGAAAUCCUGGUAUUUCACCCAAAGGAGAACCAGGAAACGAUGGUUUCAAAGGAUUACCCGGCCCACGCGGUCCAUCUGGGUACAUCGGUCUUCCUGGACCUAUGGGGGUUAAAGGGUUUAAAGGAGCAACAGUAGUAGGCCCUGACGGUGAAGGCGGUAUGCCGGGCUUAGAUGGCUUACCCGGAAUGCGUGGUGAUCGUGGUGAGCCAGGAUAUAUGGGUCCAGCUGGAUAUCCAGGAAUUGGGUGGCGUGUAACUGGCCCUAUAGGUGAACCGGGUGAACCAGGGCCUCCUGGACCCGUCGGAGAGCCUGGUCGUUCAGGACGUCCAGGUUUCUUUGGACCUAAAGGUGAACGAGGAGAUGACUGCCCCUAUUGCAAAUCAGGACUACCUGGAGCAAAAGGACAAAGAGGCGAUGACGGUUUCCCUGGACUCAAAGGAGUGCCUGGACCAGAAGGUUUACCAGGAGCACGCGGCGUUAAUGGCCUUCCCGGUAACUCUGGAAUCCCAGGACCUAAAGGGCCAAAAGGCAAUAAGGGACAAUCUGGCAUGGCUGGUCCGCAAGGGCCUAGAGGACAACAUGGCAUUGUUAAAAUUCCGCCAAAAUCACUAACAAAAGCAGACCGCGGACCUCCGGGAGAUGUAGGUUUUAUUGGGAGGGUCGGUUUACGUGGAGAUCAAGGGUGGCCAGGUCAUCCCGGGGACUAUGGACCGAAAGGGAUUAAGGGGCGUUUGGGUGAUUAUGGCUUCCCUGGAUUGCCUGGUCGAAACGGCACCCGAGGCCGAGACGGUGCGCCAGGAUGGCCUGGUGCACCCGCUGAUAUACCAGCCGCCUUCCUCUUUGGUGAAAAGGGAGAUAUGGGCUUGAAAGGAGACGCCGGUGAGGCAGGAGAUGACGGUACGCCUGGUGAAGCAGGAGAAUCUGUAGGAACGAAUUUGGAUGUCAAAGGUUUCAAAGGAGUUGUUGGUUUUCCCGGAAUUAAAGGCAUCCGCGGAAGGAAAGGUGACCGUGGUGACAUGGGUUACGAUGGAUUCCCAGGAAUAAGAGGUGAUGCAGGUUUUCCUGGUGGUACUAUACCUGGCUCCGUUGGUGUGAGAGGUCACAGAGGUGAAAAGGGAGACUUUGGACCUUACGGAGAACCUGGUGCAACUGGUCAACAAGGCCCUACAGGAUUUCAUGCUGGUAAAGGACAGAAAGGAUCACGGGGAGAUAUUGGAGCAUCCAUCAUUGUAGGUGAACGUGGUAUUGAUGGAACACCAGGUGAACCAGGUGAUAUAGGAGAAGCUGGAUAUUCUGGUUCUCCUGGACGUAUGGGCAUAAUUGGGCCUAAGGGUGAAGUAGGACCACCAGGUGACGCAGGAUUUGAUGGACCAGUGGGACCCCCGGGCCGAAAAGGAAUCCCUGGAAUAGAAGUGCAAGGCGCACGUGGCAUACCUGGUCGACCAGGGUUACCAGGAGUAGUUGGACUUAUCGGAGAUCCAGGAAUGCAAGGACCUCAUGGCUUACAGGGAGAUGAAGGGCCAAAAGGAAUGAAAGGAGAAGCAGGUCGACGAGGUUUUCGUGGGCGCCCGGGAGAUGAAGGUUCUAUAGGAUUCCCUGGUUUUCCAGGUGGAAUCGGAAGUCCAGGGUUACCAGGAGAAGAUGGUGAUACUGGAGAAGCUGGCCCGACAGGUUUCCCUGGACGUCCUGGAAGACAAGGCUUGAUUGGGGCCCCAGGAAUCAAAGGCUUCCGCGGUGAUAUUGGACUUCCAGGACCUGUCGGUAUGGAUGGAUGGCCUGGUCUAAAAGGAGAAAUCGGUGAUAUGGGACUGCCCGGGUUAAAAGGUCUUCCAGGCGAUAGUGGAAUUAUAGGAAUGAAAGGAGAUUAUGGAGAAGCUGGUUAUGAUGGAAGAAUAGGUAGACCUGGUUAUAAAGGAUCAGCCGGAGAAAAGGGAGAUAGGGGCUUUCCAGGCCAAACUGUGGUAGGAGAUGCUGGUCUCAAGGGUUCUGAAGGUGACGAAGGAUACCCGGGUUUAGAUGGAGUUGUUGGACCAAAGGGAAUUAUGGGUGACCGUGGGUAUGAUGGUGAUCGGGGUUUAACUGGAGAUAAAGGUUUUCCUGGCAUACCCGGACCGCCAGGAAGACGUGGAUUUAAUGGAGUAAAAGGCGCAAGAGGUUACCAAGGUUCAAUUGGGUUUAAGGGUAUUACAGGAGACAAGGGAAUGGAGGGAGAACCAGGUAAAAUGGGCAUGCCUGGGCUUCCAGGAGAUCAAGGGUAUGUCGGUUUACCUGGGCUACAAGGAGAAACAGGACCAAAAGGAGAGCGUGGUGAACCCGGUCCUAGUGCAUAUUUACCUGCCUCGAAGGGUGACUUAGGAGACAUCGGAAUGGACGGUUUACCUGGAAUUCCAGGAGAACCAGGGGAAACUGGUUACUUUGGAUUGAAAGGAAAUCAAGGUAUCAGAGGUGACACAGGUGAAACAGGAAUGACAGGAGAUUCAGGAUUUGAUGGGGCAAAAGGAAUGAUUGGCGACAUAGGCCCACCUGGACUUCCUGGUUUACCUGGACAAAAUGCCAGACAAGGUGAGAAAGGUAGACCGGGUAUAGAUGGUCUCCCUGGAUGGCCUGGUCCAAUGGGCCAAAAAGGAGCUCCUGGUGACUUCGGUAUUGAAGGUCCUAUUGGAGCACCUGGUAUGCCUGGUCUAGUCUUUGAAGGACCAAAGGGAAUGAAAGGCAUGGACGGACUACCAGGGCAACGUGGUCUUCCUGGGGCACCUGGUGCUCCAGGAAUGGAAGGUGCUCCCGGUGAACCCGGAUUUAAGGGGGAUAUUGGUGAACCUGGUUAUGCAAUCAGUCCAAAAGGUGUACAAGGAAAUCCUGGAUGGGACGGUUUAGUAGGGAUGACUGGUCUUAGAGGCGAUGCAGGAGAUAGCGGUUCUAAUGGAUAUCCCGGACCACAAGGAUUGAGAGGAUUGAAAGGAGAAAUCGGCGAUGAAGGUCAACAAGGACCUACUGGUUCACCAGGGCCGGACGGUAUAAAGGGUGACACAGGUGACCCUCUUCCAGAAUCAGAAAUUUUACCUGGAAUGACCGGUGAUGUGGGUCCAUCUGGUUUUGAUGGCCGUCCAGGCUCUGAUGGUAUGCCUGGGUCAUUUGGAAAAAACGGAUUGCCCGGUUUAAAAGGUAUGAGAGGAGACGUGGGCUUUGUCGGUCCUGUUGGGCAACCGGGAGCACCAGGGUUCCAAGGUAUCAAAGGUCGCCAAGGUGAAAGAGGUUACGAAGGCUUACGGGGAAGUAUAGGUCUCCCAGGAUUACCAGCACCGCCACCUCCCGUGCCAAGAUCAAGAGGAUUUUAUUUCACUUUACAUUCUCAAACAAGUAUGAUCCCGCAGUGUCCAGAUGGCACCUCACCUCUCUGGAAUGGAUUUUCUUUAAUUCAUAUUGUUGCAAAUGCAAAAGCUCAUGGACAAGACUUAGGUGCACCAGGAAGCUGUUUGAGAAGGUUCUCAACUAUGCCAUACAUGUUUUGUAAUUUGAACAAUGUCUGUGAUUUCGCACAGAGAGAGGACUAUAGUUUUUGGUUAUCUACACCAGAACCAAUGCCCAUGGCCAUGACACCAAUACAGGCUAGAGACGUUGGAAGCUACAUAUCCAGAUGUCAAGUUUGUGAAUCACCAACGAGAACCAUUGCUAUCCAUAGUCAAAGUACCGACGUACCUUCCUGUCCCAACGGUUGGGAAAGGUUGUGGAUCGGAUAUAGUUUCCUUAUGCAUACAGCGGGCGCGGAUGCAGCAGGGCAGAGCCUGAUUUCUCCCGGGUCUUGUCUUCGCGACUUCCGUACGAGACCUUUCAUCGAGUGCAACGGGCUGGGCCGAUGCAACUACUUCGCAACUGCCGUCUCGUAUUGGCUUUCGACCAUUAACGACGCAAGAAUGUUUGAUAAGCCUGAGCAGCAGACACUUAAAGCUGACCAAGUAUCUAAAAUUAGCAGAUGUUCCGUCUGUAUGAGGCGACCACCAGGUUGGAAUUCGGGACAAGGUUCAUUCCCGAGUGGAGACGUAAACUCGGUGCCAAACGCGGUGGUGCGCCGCCCUGCGUACCGGCGGCCGCGCCUACGCGGCGAGUACCGGCGCGGCGGCCGCUUAGUGCGGGGAAGACCCAGGCAAUAACAACACCAUCACAAGCACAACAUUAAUCCCAUGUGAUACGCCGUAGAAUUCAAUUCACAGCAUUACUAUAGGUAUUCGAACAAGUUAAGUCAUUAUUUUUUGGUAAAAACUACCGCUUUGUUGAGUAGGUAUGUACAAAAACUAUAUUCACUGCCAAAGGCUGUUAUUGAGCGCUCCAUGUUCCAAUAAUAGUAACUUAGUUAAUAUUUUUAAAAUAAGAUAAUUAUGUAACUCGCCGGCUUUUAUUUAUACCAUUAAAAUACAGAAAGGUCUACAUUUUACAAGCUUUAAGCUUUAUCAUUUCCUUUUUCUAUUCAAAUGAAUAAUUUAAACGUUAUUUGAGAGUUCAGAAAUAUAACACUGGCAUAUAAUUAUAUUUAUUUUUUUACACAAUAAUGAGAGACCAGUAGGCCAGAAGUUAAGUAAAGCACAGAAGUAAAGAAUCAAAGGCACAUUGCAUUACAUAAAGUAAAAUGAUAUUUCAGAUGAAUUAUUUUCUUAAUAAAUUAUUAUUUAGUAAAAAAACUACUUUCUUCGUGCUGUAUGAUACCUAGUCUCAUUCAUGUAGAUUAAUAAAUGAACCGCAUUAAUUAAAAUGUAUUUGUAGACAGGUAAUUAAAUAAUGUAAAUAAAUAUUUAGUUUUGUAUGUUAAUAAACAAUGAUACAACUA